AUGCCUCUUCUCCCUCCCGAGCAAUUAAGGUCCAUAGCCUCAACGCUGGCGCAAAGACUGGAUACAUUGCAGAUUGACUAUGCAAUCAUGGGUGGUGCUGCUGUCUGCCUUUUGACCCAUGACCCAAAUCGAAGGACAGAAGAUGUGGAUUUAGUGAUCCAUGUGGAUCAGCGCCAGAUUACAGCGGACCGACUAACCACCCAGCUUCUCACAUCAUUUCCAUCUGAUUUCGGUCCGGUUAACCAGUUUGGCCACAUCAUCCCGGCUUACAGACUCCGCUUGCCGGGAGCAAGGAGCAACUGGUGGAACUUGAAGUGUUUGAUUACCAAAGCUGGCCACAGCGGCCUCAGUACGAUCUCCAGACUGCUAGCCGAAGGACAUUGA